AUAGAUUUCGAAGUGAUCGCCGAUGCUUUCUUGUUAUAUGAUUGAUACAAUUUUGACAACUUUGACGUAAUGGUUUUUUAAUGCUUUUACUACAUAUUUAAAUCCCUUUUUAUUAUUUAUUAAUCAGUCGUUCUGUUAUUUAAAAAUAGCACAACGGUUACUUAUUGUGUGCUAUGAAAAUUUCAAGUUAAUAUGGGCGACGGCUUAAAGAUAACUAAAGAUAAGCGUCACAGAAGUUCCAGCAGUCUUGCUGGCGCCGCUGUAGAAGGUACACGCUCGGAAAGGAAAAUAGAUAUAAGGGCUUCCAUUCCUGAAGUCGAUGACCAGUUUGCUACAGCCGAAGCAAGGUGUGAUGAUUUGCAAGAAAAAAUCGACCUAGUGAAAACAUUAAAAAGAAAAAGAAAACUCAAAAAACGAAGCAUGACUACAGUAAUAGAUCAGGCUGCUGACCACGAUAACGUACCCUUCAUAACAGUCCGGACGCAGCCGAAGAAAACCCUGGUGGUUACAGAAGUGUCGCAGGCGGCGCGCUUGCGGGCGUUCCAGUUGCCCCAAAACCCGACGCGCGGCUACCUGGACCCGGCGACGGUGGAGCAGCGCCGUAUGAUCGGCCAGGUGCGCGGCUACCACCAGAUGUAUCGGCGGCCGCAGGACACGGCGCCGAACAUCAUUCACAACAAACAAGGCCGGGAUCAUAGAUCAAAGCAGCAUCGAAAAGUUCGUCCCGAUGGCGACAGCGAAUUCGGUGCCAGUGGGCAGGUCAGCAGCGACGGGCCGAUGGAGGUCGCGUGCGGCAGGGACGACACACGAAUGCUCCGACACAGAUAUAUUCGACCCGCGCACCGAAGAAUGCCUAGCUCACUACGAGCCGGUGGAACCAGUUCAAGUUUACAAGCCGACGACUAUUCGAAGGAGACACGUGCCCCGGGACGUGCCCCCCAGAGAUGGCGUGGGGAAUUGAAUGGCGAGAUGAAGGCAGUGGAUUUAUCUAAUGCAAACCGUAGGAGGACCGUGACCGUUUGCUUAGCAAUGUAUUCUCCUAACAUGGAGUCUGCUGCGAGCAAGCAGGCAACCUCGAUGCCGUUGGCGCCCGGCGUGCGCCGCCAGAUCAAGACUGCUGAGAACGGACCGAGGCCACGGGAGGAGCGGCCGGUGGUCGAACUAUUUAAUAAACACAGAGGCAACGCUAACUCGCAUCGGUCGCCGCCGCCGAUUGACGCUAAAAUAAAAAAACCAAAAGUAUGUAGGCCAGAACUCAACGGCGACGCAGUCACCGGACCUAUAGAACCCGAGAUGCACCUGGAUUCAAAGAAGGAGAACCACAGUCAACCGCGGCGCGGCAAGUACCGUAGCCGCCGAUACGAGAUGCCCACCAUCGCGUCGCAGAUGAAGCAGGCGGGCACGCGGUGCUACUACGGCAACGCCAACAAGACGAACAUACCAUUCAUCGUCAGCAAGAGCACCACGCCCUCGCACAACAUCGGGGUCAAUUUACAACAAGUAUUAAACGGAAUUAAAACACAACAGCCUCUGACCGGUAUACCGAUGACUAUAGCAUACCACAUGGGCAUGGGGCAUGUUCCUUCAUACGGGGCAAAAAGUGCUACUACGCGACCUACAUUAGAGAAUCGCGAGAUAAACACAAUCAAAGUGGGCCAACGGCUACUGCGGCUGCCCUCGUACAAAUAUAUAUCAUACGACAGACUGCUCAACCUGUACCGUGAGGGUGACGGCAUCGUCUCCAAGUUCCUGCGCGCCAACAGCCGCCCGCACUACUUCUACACUUCUAUGUACAACCUGGUGACUAAUCGUGAGGACUUCGACGGAGCCACGUCUAAAGGUCGCAGCGGCAGUCAGGAGGCGAAACAGAGUCUCGCUGAGUACGCGAGCCUGUACAGAGAGUAUGAACAAAUAGGAGCGUGUAUAAAGAAGGGAAACUACGACCCCGAACUGGAACAACGCAGGGAAGAGUUAUCAAGGGAGCUCGCUGCUAGAGAGGACCAUAUACGCAAGGUGGUGCAAGACUACAGAACAUCGUGCGACGUAGACCGGUGGACUCUGCGCGCGUCCGUCUCCACGGCAGAGGACGGCUACCGACAUUCCACAUCCAAGCUGAACUUCGGCGAGCCGCACCAAUAGCGCAUCGAAUUAAAGCGAAAUGUAUUUUAGAUGUCGAAAUUUAUGGUUCAAUUUAUAUCGAACUGUUAAGAAGGUGCCAGCAGCAUGGUGGUCGAACGUUUGACUAUAGUAGGGUUCGUUGGUUCAGAGACGGACGCGUAACACAUAAUACAAGCUUUGACACGCUCUGUGCAUAUGGUAAGUGUCCUGUAUACCCGAUGUUGAUCAAAUUAUUGCAUUAACGAUUGGAUUCAAAAUGUUAGCUGUAUAUCGUUGGGUGGUACUUGCUGCUGCAUGCUAGAGAAGGUAUUGCGCGAAUGCCGUUACGCUGUUUACCGAUACCUGCUUUAGCUUGAGGCUAGAUAUCCUGCAUAUUUGAUAUAUUAUUAAUACAGUAUCUAGGCUUAGCUAAUAAGGAAACGUAGUCUAGGGUCCAGUAUUUAGAUGUUCUGUCUCUCUGUAAAUUUCCUUUUGUUUUAUUCUAUGUGCAUUCUUCUGUCGGUUUCUAGCGACUUGUAAAAUCAUACAGUAAUCCUUAUUGGCUACGCGUAGUAGACGUUGGUAUUAUUUAAUAUGUUGACAAUGUAAAAAGAUUUUAUUUCAUUGACUUUUAUUGAUUAUUCUAAUUGUAUUAAAGUCAAGCUAAGCUACAAUUCUACUAAGCAUUUGGUCAAACAUCUAAGCAUGCAUUGCACUAUAAAUGGACAAUUAAUAAUUAAAUGUAAGUAAUUUAUAUACACAUAAA